AUGAAAUAUCAUUCAAUGUCCCAAAGCUCACAAGGUCAAUACAAGUUGGCAAAGUUUGCAUUUAAUAUAUAUGGAUCUCUAGGGACACCCCAGUCCAAUGAAUCCGUUUCGCCCAGCUCGUCAUUAAAUUCAAGAAACUCAAAACAGCUUCCUGCUCAUUUCGGUGAUAAGGUUGACCAAAAACCAGUAUUUACAUGCGAACGCGAGACCCAAGCAUUGUCACAGCUCAAUGUUGGUGUACAGGUAAGCAACUACAACACUGGCAAUGACAUUCGACAUCAUGCGGUGGUGGGAGGGAAAAACUACCUUCGUUUAUUGUGUAUGAACGAGGACCAACUGAGAGUGUUACAAGAGAUUAAUUUGCUAGAUACAAAAUCAAUAUACACUUCGAGAGCGUCAAAUAAACUAAACAAUAUCAACACCAUCCGGACACGUUCAAACACUGUUGCCUGUGGGCUUGCAAACGGGGCUAUUUUGGUGUACAAGGUUUCACCGACUGGGCAAAGUAAAUUACAGACUCGAUUCACAGAACACAAGCGAAGUAUCAACUCCCUUGACUUUAUUGACUCGGAGAAUGUCCUCGUUUCCGGUUCUCAGGAUGGAAGUAUGAAAUUGUGGGAUCUAAGAACCUCGGUAACAAAGCCAGUCUUGUCGUUACACGCUGCAUUGCAUAAUGAUCCUAUCAGAGCAUGUCAAUAUAGUCCUCAUUCAGCAGUUAGAAACAAGAUAUGCAUAUUAUCUGUACACGAUUCAGGAGCAUUGUGUAAAUUUGACUUGCGAUCUAAUUUAUCAAGCAAUGCACAAACUCCGGAUCGUAAAUGGACUUUGCAUUCAGGGCCUGUUUUGUCUUUGAAUAUACAUCCAGAAAAGGAGUAUGUUGCAACUGGUGGUAGGGAUCAAAAAAUUUGCAUCUUUAACUACAGUGAUAGUCAGUCUUCUACGAGAACUACCCCCGAGUCUAUGAUAAAUACAUAUGGAUCAAUUUUGAAGGUACGCUGGAGUCCUUAUUCGAACCAUAGCCAGAAGCGAGGCGAAUUCAAUGACAGAAGUGCAAGUACAUUGUCAAACUACGACAUUGCUUGUCUGUACCUCAACGACGAUCCAACAAUCACCACAUUCAACCUAAAUCGAAAGUAUAUCCCAAAGCGCAUCGUUCAUUCUUACGAACGUAGGCCUGUAUCCAACUUUGUUUGGGCUCAUAACGAAGAUCAUUGUCACAAAAUAUGGGCAUUGACUAAAUCCAAUGUGUUUACAACGUACAAUCUAGACCUGCAGCGAGAUCCAGAUGUUAGCAGACCCUUGGAGGAUUUGAAUAGCAUUGCAAUGACCUGGGAUUCCAAUGACAACUUCAUGAUGGUUAAUCAGGACAAGUAUCACCUUGGCUAUGGAGAGGAGUUUGGAACUGAAGUGUAUGACCUGGGGGAUGAGCGUAGCCAUCACAAUGAUCACGAUGACACCGAGCUACUGGCAAGCUCACUUGGUGCGUCUCCAGUUGAAAAGCCACUGUUGAUCAGGUCAUAUUCUUAUAACCCCAUGCUGCAGCUAGGUGCAAAGUCUCCUCCUCCAAUCUCAAGGCACAUGAAUUCUUUUGAGCCACCCAACUCUUCCGGGUCUGUUUAUGGAGCCAGACGGCCAGUGCUCACCAAAAACCCCUCGCAGGAAUCUCUAACGUCUUUUGGGUCUGCACCUCCUCCAGCUUCUGCCAUAAGAGCAAGAAAAGGUUCAAAAACAACGACUCCAUUUUACUCCCCCUAUGUUGUGCCUGUGGCAUUGCCAUUGCCGUCAAGCGAUGGCUACAUACACCACACUUUGUCAAAUGGUUAUUUGAUGUCAGUUCCUGAUGGAUUCGGCGUAUAUGACGUUUGCAUUUUUAAUUCCAAUGUGGCCAAUGGUGUUGGACUUCACCGUACCUGCCAAGUGUGGAAGAUGUUGGCAGAAAAUCUUCCCCUGGGAUUAACCAGUCCGAAACAGUACAUCGAAGAGCCCGUUGAAGCAACUGUGGAUCCUCAACAACAAACGAACUCGCUGUCACAUAUAGACCAAUCCAUUCAAUCAGAUUUGGGAAACGUUAUCGGCUCUUUCAACUCAAACUCUACACAUACCAACCAUUUUGGAAACAGUUUGGGUAGGUCGCCAAGCGACAGUGUCUCUCAUUAUAUUGCUUCCCUGGCAAAGAAUAGUCGCACAAAUAGCUUCACACGGGUAAGAGAUGCCCAUGAAGAUGUUCAAAGUCAGCAUUCCAGAUCUCGACCGAUUCUGAUAAAGUCUGAAAAGCAAUUGACUGACUUCCAAAGGGAAAAUGUUGAUUUGAUGAGUGCUGCCUUCCCCACUUCUAGUCCCAACUCAAGUGGAUCUCCCAAUUUCAGCAACAGUGUUGGGUCCAUAUCGAAAUCUCCACGAGAUGCGAUGUCGAGCAAGUUGCAACCACAAGAUCCUACUGUGGGAAAGUUGCCGGGAGGAAAUGAAGAAAAAGUAAGCGAAGUGUUUCUGGUUCAUUCCAAGUUGUCAGCUUCUUUAAACUCUGACAAGGAGCGAGUCUGGAGUUUCCAGAAUUUGUUGAGAAAGUCUCUUGACUAUGCACAGUUGCAAGGAGAUAUUGUCUUUUGCUCAGUCGUGGGUCUUUUAUUCUACGAAACGACUACAGUCAUUACAAAGGAAGAGUGUUUGGAUUGGUUGCUGAUGUAUAUUGAUAUAUUGCAGAAAAAGCAGCAAUUUGUAAUUGCUACAAACGUUAUAAACUCUGCGCCGUUAGAAUUACAACAGGAAUUGACAAAGCGGUACACUUCCGACUUGAUAAGACUUUACUGCUCGUUCUGUUCCAAGUUGUUGGUCAAUGAAGAAUCAAAACACAAUGGAAAAGGUGAGUUUGGGUAUUGGUACUGCGAUUCGUGUCGCAAAAUGCAGCUGAAUUGCAUCUACUGUAACGAGCCAAGUAAGGGCUUAGUUGUUCUCGUGAGUUUGAAAUGUGGCCACCGAGGACACUAUGGUUGUUUGAAAGAAUGGUUUGUCGAUGGAGGGAAUUCGGAAUGUCCUGGUGGGUGUGACUACAACGUAUUGCUGGCCUAA